UUAGCAUAACCUAUUCAUCCGGGUACAUGAAUAAGGCCGAAGAAUAACAUGCCUCACUAAUUUCCCAGGUACCUUUGCCAAGCACUUGAAAGUACAAAGGUACGUUUAUAGGACUUUGGGCGUGGGUCGCCAAAUGGUUCUGAUAUCGCCAAACGAGGCAAGCAAACACCUAGGCUAAGCACCCGACCUAGACUGCAAAAUAGAGAGUUAGAGAUAGUCAGAUUUGAUGUUCUGGUUGUUCUUUGAGGGCCACGAUUUAAAGGGAAAAUACCGAGAUAGUGCAGCUUUGACUCACCAAGCUUCCACAGCAUCCACCCACAUGUCUCGAUAUGAGAACUUUAAUAUAGAAAGAAUACUUGUAUCUAUAUUGGAUCGUCAGUUAUCGUCAAAAAGAAACUGCUUCGAUGAUAUCGACUUACAAUUUGUCACUACAUGGGGAGGAAACAAUGAUUCGCUUGCUCAAGUUGCAUUGCAAGCCUCUAGGCCUCAGAUAGUCACACAGAGCAAGUGCGAGCAAACUGAAAGGACACGAAAGGACAGUUGUAUGCAAGAAUCAAAGUAGGCUCCGGGCAGAACUGAGAAAGACGGAGGACGGAGGACGGAGGAACGAGCUUAUAUGUUUCUUUGAGAGACUGCCUUGCCCCCACUUCAUGGUAAUAUGCACCCGCGUUAGGAGCCUGGGAGAUAGUGCAAGUAUAAAAAGACAUACCAACAGCCUGCCUGUAUUGUGUGCAAACAUAUAGCUAACGUGAAAAUACCCAAGUGUCAUAAGGAGCCGCAUGCUUUGCUGAGCGCUGUUUCUUGGAAAUUUUGUAUAACGCUGCGCUGUGUGAUAAGCAAACCAGCACGAGCGUGCAACCGUGGAGUUGGAAGUCUAUCGAGCUUGAAACAGAGUUUUCUCAAUAAACCCGGUGAUCAAACCACAGCAUCCAUAAGGCUCUCGUUUUAUGUAUCUUGUGUGCUGCUGAGAAAAAUGGUGAUCGUAGACGGGCGCAGGCGCUUUGGUGUAUGGGCUGAUGAAAGCUCACACACGCUUAUUGAGCCUUGGCGAGGCCAUGCUAUAUGCAAAAGCGGUUUGGACGAUCUUCGAAGUAGGUGAGAACGGUUUCUGCAAAGAUGGGACGUUGUUUUUCGUGAUCUUUUUCUGUUUUUUUGCACUGAUGCAAAGACGUUUGUAGGGUCGACGUCGUGACCCUUAGCAGGUGAAAUCUACGCCCAUUUGCGAAGCAAGAUGACGGAUGAAGGACAAGGUAGAUUAUGGACUCAGGCACCCUGAAGAAGGAUUGGGAGCUCACUUGAUGCCUGACAUCAAAU